AUGUCUGGAGAUGUACUAGACAAUGUUGGAGACCAUUUGACUGAUGGUGCGCUGCUUUCAGUGGUCAUCAUGGUACUGAUGUAUUGGGAUGUACUGGACAAUGUUGGAGACGUGUUGACUGAUGGUGUGCUGCUUUCAGUUGUCGUCAAUGUACUGAUGUCUGGAGAUGUACUAGUCACAGUUGGAGACGUGUUUACUGAUGGUGUGCUUCUUUCAGAACUCAUCGUGGUAUUGAUGUAUGGAGAUGUACUAGACAAUGUUGCAGAUGUGUUGACUGAUGGAAUGCUGCUUUCAGUAGUCAUCAUGGAACUGAUGUCUCGAGAUGUAAUUGACAAUCUUGGAGACGAGUUGACUGAUGUAGUCAUCAUGGUACUGAUGUCUGGUGAUGAACUAGACACAGUUGGAGACAUGCUGACUGAUGGUGAUCUGUUUUCAGUAGCCAUCAUGGUACUGAUGUCUCGAUAUGCACUAGACAAAAUUGAAGACGUGUUGACUGAUGGAGAGCUGCUUUCAGUAGGCAUCAUGGUAUUUAUGUCUGGAGAUGUACUAGACACAGUUGGAGAUGUGUUGACUGAUGGAGUGCUGCUUUCAGUAGUCAUCAUGGUACUGAUGUCUGGAGUUGUACUAGACAAUGUUGGAGACGUGUUGAUUGAUGGUGUGCUGUUUUCAGAGGUUGCCAUGGCACUGAUGUCUGGAGAUGUACUAGAUACAGUUGGAGAUGUGUUGACUGAUGUAGUCAUCAUGGCACUGAUGUCUGGAUAUGUACUAGACAGUGUUGGAGAAUUGUUCAAUGACGGUUUGCUUCUUUCAGUAGUCAUCAUAGUAUUGAUGUCUGGAGGUGUACUAGAAAAUGUUGGAGACGUGUUGACUGAUUGUGUGCUACUUUCAAAAGUCAUCAUGGAACUGAUGUUUGGAAAUGUAAUAGACAAUGUUGAAGACGUGUUGACUGAAGGUGUGCUACUUUCAGAGGUCAUCAUGGUACUGAUGUCUGGAGAUGUACUAGACACAGUUGGAGACGUGUUUACUGAUGUAAUCAUCAUGGUACUGAUGUCUGGAGUUGUACUAGACACUGUUGGAGACGUGCUGAAUGAUGGUGUGCUGCUUUCAGAAGUCAUCAUUGUACUGAUGUCCGGAGAUGUACUAGACACAGUUGGGGACGUGUUGACUGAUGAAGUCAUCGUACUGAUAUUUGGAGAUGUAUUAGACAAUGUUGGAGAAUUGUUGAUUGAUGGUGUGUUGCUUUCAGUAGUCAUCACGGUACUGAUGUCUGGAGAUGUACUAGACAAUGUUGGAGUCGUGUUGACUGAUGGUGUUCUGCUUUCAGUGGUCAUCAUGGUACUGAUGUCUUGA